CGCCAUGAAGAAGGAGGUGUGCUCCGUGGCCUUCGUCAAGGCCGUGUUCGCCGAGUUCCUGGCCACCCUCGUCUUCGUCUUCUUCGGCCUCGGCUCGGCCCUCAGGUGGCCGUCGGCGCUGCCCACCAUCCUGCAGAUCGCGCUGGCCUUCGGCCUGGCCAUAGGCACCCUGGCCCAGGCCCUGGGGCCCGUGAGCGGCGGCCACAUCAACCCCGCCAUCACCCUGGCCCUCCUGGUGGGCAACCAGAUCUCGCUGCUCCGGGCUCUGUUCUACGUGGUGGCCCAGCUGGUGGGCGCCAUCGCUGGGGCGGGCAUCCUCUACGGGCUGGCGCCGCUCAACGCCCGGGGCAACCUGGCGGUCAACGCGCUCAACAACAACACGACUCCGGGCCAGGCCAUGGCAGUGGAGCUGAUUCUCACCUUCCAGCUGGCGCUCUGCGUCUUCGCCUCCACCGACUCCCGCCGCACCAGCCCCGUGGGCUCCCCGGCCCUGUCCAUUGGCCUGUCCGUCACGCUGGGCCACCUUGUGGGGAUCUACUUCACCGGUUGCUCCAUGAACCCUGCCCGCUCCUUCGGCCCCGCAGUGGUCAUGAAUCGGUUCAGCCCUGCACACUGGGUCUUCUGGGUGGGGCCCAUCGUGGGGGCGGUCCUGGCUGCCAUCCUCUACUUCUACCUGCUCUUCCCGCACUCCCUGAGCCUGAGCGAGCGUGUGGCCAUCAUCAAGGGCACGUAUGAGCCCGACGAGGACUGGGAGGAGCAGCGGGAGGAGCGGAAGAAGACCAUGGAGCUGACCGCCCGCUGACCAGGGUCAGGCAGAGGCCAGGCCCUCAGCCCCUGAGCAAUGGGGAAGAAAGGAAAGAAAGAUGACAGCAGAGCUUCCUCCCCACAGCUGGGCCUCUUGCCGGGGAGGAGGUGUGGGUCCGCUGGCUGUGCAUCUAGAGACGGGAGCAGGUCCUGUGAUGGGACUCGCAGGGUGGGGCCGGGGGCUGGGGGCUGGUGGGGAGGGGGCAUCUCUGGGGCAGGGCAGACUGCUGCCGCCAGGUCAGACCUCAGAGAUCAUGAAGGCAGAGCCAAGCUCCUAGGCUGCCCAGGGCUGGCCAGAAGUGGGUGGCCGGUAGUAUGCGUCUCUCGCCCUCCCCAGCCCCUCCUUGGGAGCCGGGGGCAUCCCAGCCCCUAGGCGGGCAGGCGGACCCUCCCCAGAGCUCUUUAGGAGGGAGACAGCCUAGCUCAUUGAAUGCCGCCUUAUUUAUUUCUGGCCCAGGAUGCAUGGAGUGGGGCUGCUGGUGUUUGGAGUGGGGCUUCCCAAUAAACCACUGGUAUUCAC